AUGUUCUUCAUCAACUGGUUUUGGGACGUGCUGGGGUACUUCGGACUUUCCCGCAAGUCCGCCCGCAUUGUUUUUCUAGGCCUCGACAAUGCAGGAAAAACCACUUUGCUGCACAUGUUGAAGGACGACAGAGUGGCGCAGCACGUCCCCACGCUGCACCCCCACUCUGAGGAGCUCAUUGUGGGAAAGAUUCGUUUUAAGACAUUCGACCUUGGAGGCCACGAGACAGCAAGGAGGAUUUGGAGAGACUACUUCGCAGCCGUCGACGCAAUUGUUUUCAUGGUGGACGCGACGGACAGGGGCCGCUUCCAGGAGGCCAAGGAAGAGUUGACGGUAAACCCUAAACCCUAA